AUGCAUUUGGGGGUCCACAGUUUUCUUUUUUGUUUCAGGGAAGUCAUGCGUUAUGUAAAACAACACUGGUCUGAUGUUUACCCUGGCGACUUUAUCCACUUGUCUUGUAAUGAAAUCAUCCCGGCUGAUAUACUACUGCUUAAGUCGAGCGACCCGAACGGGAUCUGUCACCUCGAGACCAGCAAUCUGGAUGGGGAGAACAAUCUCAAACAGAGGCAGACGGUCAGUGGAUUCGAGUUCAGCAAUGAUUUCGAGAUCAGUAGGUUCCAGCAUAAAUUGGACGUUGAGCUUCCAAAUUCAGAAAUUUACAAGUUCAGAGGCUAUGUAGAAAAAGAAUCAAAGCAAAAAAUUUCCUUAAGUAAUGAAAACUUACUCCUGCGGGGAUGCAUUCUGAAAAACACUGACUUUAUCGAGGGAAUCGUGGUUUAUGCAGGUCAUGAGACAAAGGCGAUGUUAAACAACCGUGGUCCCAGAUACAAGCGCAGUAAGCUGGAGCGGAAGAUCAACCAGGAUGUCAUCUGGUGUGUCAUACUCUUGCUCUUCCUCUGCUUCUUCUGUGCCAUUGGUAGUGGAAUCUGGCUGUCCAACUUCAAUGGCCUGACAGACAACACCAACUAUGUGCCCUUCAUUCCAUUUGGUGACCUUGACAAGUUCAGCCCUGUCUACCAAGGAUUCAUCGUCUUCUGGACCUACAUCAUCAUAUUUCAGACGGUGAUCCCCCUUCCCAUGUACGUCUCCCUGGAGUUGGUGAAGAUAGCCCAGGUGUACUUCAUCAACAACGACGAGGAUGUUUACCAUGAACUCUCCAACAAACGUCUGGAAUGUCGAGCCCUUAACAUCACCGAGGACCUGGGACAAAUAGAGUACAUCUUCUCCGACAAGACCGGAACGUUGACGGAGAACCUCAUGGAAUUUAAGACCUGUACGAUUGGUGGAGUUGACUACCCUCAUAUGCCAGGUGAUGUGGAAAGUGACUUUGGCAGCCGAAUGUCCAUCGCAUCAAUGAGCAGAAGCAGCUCGAUAUAUGAGAAUCUUCCGCUGGAGCCCGCCCUGCAGAGGGAGCUGUCCAACAUGUGUCUGCGGAGCCUGGACAGUGUGGAGCUGACCAUCCCAGAGCAUGUGAAGCGAGUGCAGGAGUUCUUCCUGCUGAUGGCCGUGUGCAACACAGUCGUGGUAUCGCAUCACCCACAUCAGGAUGAGAUGGACGAGAGUGGUUUUCUGAGUCAACCAGAGUUCCUCAAGCAGGCUGCUCAAUCGCGGGAGGAGGGCCUAGACCGCUACAACCGACUACCCGAGGCAGCCACCCCCCCUAACAGGUCCUCCAAGGCUCGUGGAGCAUCGCUGGCAUCACUCAACAGUGAAUCUGACUACCAAUUCACAUCAUCCAAUGGCAGCAUAGCGGGAUCAUCGUCGCAGAUGUCGGACAGCUCACAGCGGACUCGAUAUGAAGCUGAGAGUCCAGAUGAACUUGCUUUGGUCAAGGCGGCUAGUACCUACGGCUGUCGGUUGAUACAACGUUCUCCAGAGAGAGUGUCAGUGUGGUUACCAGGUGACGGGGAAGUGGAGUUUGAGGUGCUCCAUAUUCUCAGCUUCGACUCAGUCCGCAAGCGAAUGUCUGUGAUCAUCAAGCACCCAGAAACAGAGGAGAUAACUCUGUAUGUCAAGGGAGCUGACUCUUCAAUACUCAGCGUCCUUGACAGAAAAUUCAGAAUGAACGAUACGGAGGAGAAGGCUGUCCGAGUGAAAACAGAGGAGCACAUUACGGAUUAUGCUUUGAAAGGUCUGCGAACACUCUGCAUGGCAAAACGGACAUUAAGUCAAGAAGUCUAUAAAGAUUGGCUCAAGAUGCAUCAGGAGGGGAGUGACUCUGCAUGUCGGAUAGAAGAGGAACUUGAUCUACUGGGUGCAACUGGUAUUGAGGACCGACUUCAAGAUGGUGUGCCGGAGACGAUAGCAAAACUACGGGAGGCAGGGAUCAACAUUUGGGUGUUGACAGGAGACAAACAGGAGACAGCUAUUGAGAUUGCCUAUGCCAGCAAAUUGUUCCACCGGAAUCAGGAACCAGUCACCCUCAAUAGCAACACAAAGGAGGAAGCAAAAGACUUGAUCGUCCAUCACAUUGAACAGAUCAACCUGAACCGGACGUCACCAUCCCAAGACGGCCCACCUGCCAAGGAGAAGGAGUAUGCUCUAAUCAUCGACGGAAAGACGCUUGCCUUUGCCUUACAUGACAACUCUUCCAAGAAGGCUUUUCUGAAUCUCACCAAGAAGUGCAACUCUGUCGUCUGUUGCCGAGCAACGCCUAUACAAAAGGGACAUGUCGUCAAACUUGUGAAGGAAGAGUUGAAGAAGCUCACAUUAGCCAUUGGUGACGGAGCUAACGAUGUCAGCAUGAUCCAGACAGCUGAUAUUGGUAUCGGAAUCUCAGGCCAGGAGGGCAUGCAGGCUGUCAUGUCCUCUGACUUUGCCAUUGCAAGGUUCAAGUAUCUCGAGAGGCUGCUUCUUGUCCAUGGUCAUUGGUGCUAUAACCGACUGAGUAAAUUUGGAGCCUUCAUGUUCUACAAGAGUUUGAUGUCGGUGAUGAUGCUCUUCUGGUUCCAAUUCUUCAGUGGUUUCUCCGGCUCCCUGAUGCUGGACAGUAUCUACAUGAUGCUGCUCCAUCUUAUCUUCACAUCACUGCCUCCCAUUGUCAACGGCAUCUUUGACAAGGAUGUGACGGCCGAGGUGCUGCUGGAGAAGCCGGAAUUGUACAGUGUUGGCCAGAAAGGGGAGAUGUACACUAACUGGACAUUCCUGAUGGUCCUCCUGGAUGCCAUUUAUCAGAGUGCUGUGCUGUACUUCAUAGCUCACCUGGCCUACACAGCAGAGAAUGCUGGAAUAUGGGAGUACGGUACGACGAUCAUGACAGCUCUUAUCCUCAUUAUUCUGUUGCAUCUUGUGAUAGAAACCAACUCCUGGAUCUGGAUCCAGUGGCUUAUCCUCAUCAUGACCUUCCUCUUCUUCUGGGUGUUUGCGGUCGUCUCUAAUGCCAUCUUUUUCACAUGGGACCAUCCUUCAAACCCCUACUGGGUGAUGGAGAAUACGAUAUCCACGCCCAUCCACUCCUGUGUCGUCAUCAUCAGCUGUGUGGUAGCUCUCUUACCAAGACUCUGCAUCCGAGCUAUACAAGCAACAGUCUGGCCUAGUGCCAUCAUGAAAGUCAAACAGCUCGAGAAGGAGCUUAUAGAAAGUGACCAGCAGACCACAACCACCACGGCAACCACCAUCAGCGAGGCAGUGGACAAUUCUCCUGACUCCGCCCGUAAUGGAGGCAACCCACAGCUGAACAAUUUAAGUGUCGACUACAGAGAGCAAGUGCGCCAGCGGCACAGGCUCCCCUCUGACCAAACAGUAGACAGUGUCAGCCCUAUACGAACAUAGAUGGAGAUGGUCUGGCACCAAGAGACAGUACCCUGAAGUCAUUGUGUAGGAUAUGCCAAUUGUUAUUUGGAUUCUGUGGGAUGAUGAACAGUCAAAUGUCAAAUAUGUUGGAGAAAUCCCAUCUUGGAAGGUUGAAACCAGAGGGUUUGCAUGUGGAAUUUUUGAAGAUUUUUUUCUUUUUUUUGAAGAAGGAUUUUUUACAAGAUCACGUGGAACCUGUCAAACAUUAUAUACUUUUCUACAGACUGGCCACCAAUUUUUUAACCACAUUCUCCGAAAAAAGAUUUUCCACAGCACUGGACAAGGGUCAUACUUUCUAUAUGCGUCACUUUUCUCACAAGACCACUCACUUCAUGGGAUCAAUAAGGUAACAUGUAGAUGAACGUAUGAAUCUAUAAGACAACAUGGAUGUUCUGUGAGGUCAUUGCGACAUUAUUCUGAUCAUGUCAUUCAGGAUAUGUCUUAGUACUGUGGAAGCAUGUUAUGUACGGUUGUGUUGCGUAUGACACAAUCACCACAAGUUUUAUAUGCUGCAUCGACACAAGUGUAUAUCGUUCAGCCCUACAGCCUGUCAACUGACAUACAGUCUGUACAAAAUGACUCCAAGAUCUCAGGAACAGUGUUGUGGAAAUGUAAUUGUACGCUUGUGUGUUAUUUACAAGCUAUGUAUAUAUAUAUAUUUUUUUAUUUUGGCAGAAAAGGAACCAUGUCAAAGACAAGAUUAUAUUUUGUAUAUACUGUAUCAUUGUGAGACUUCUACACCAAAAUGUCAUAUAUUAUUUUCUAGUUACUACAUGCUAUUGAUAUUCUGAUAAUCAAUAAUCAUCAGCUGACUAUGACCAAGGCAAUGAUGAUUUUAUGUUAGUUGGAGAGAAGCAUGUUAUUUAAUAUUCAAUGUAGAUUUCACUGUUAAAAUUUAUACGUUAUAACAUUGAAAAUGCAGGUACUUUCAUGUGUAAUAACAGGCUAAAUAUUUGUGUUAAAGGCAAAAUAUUUGUAUUUUUUAUGCAUAUUUUUUGUCUGUAUUGUUUGAAUAACUUCAGUUCUAGAUAUGUUUUUUGAACAAAUAUUUCUUGACCUAAUAAUUUACAAUAAUUAUAUUGGAUCUCAGCUCUAACCAUAUGAAACAAGAAAUUGGUAACACCUGAAAUUUAGUUGUUCCUGAAUUGGCCUUGAGUAAUGUUUUCCAAACAACUUAUUUUGAAUGUAGGUUGAGCAUGAGCCAAUGCAUGGAACUUGGUUGUUCCUAAAUAGGCCUUGAGUAAUGUUUUCCAAACAACUUAUUUUGAAUGUAGGUUGAACAUGCCCCAAUGCAUGGAAGUUGGUUGUUCCUAAAUAGGCCUUGAGUAAUAUUUUCCAAACAACUUAGUUUGAAUGUAGGUUGAACAUGACCCAAUGCAUGAAAGUUGGUUGUUCCUAAAUAGGCCUUGGGUAAUGUUUCCAGACAACUUAUUUUGAAUGUAGACUGAACGUGACCCAGUGCAUGAUGGGCUGAGAUGUAACUAUCCAAACAAUAAUAUUCAACAGCAACAUUCCUGAUAGAGGAGGCUGGUUGUUCUUUGAUGUCUUUGUUAAAUGCUCUCAAAGAUGUUUGCUGUGAUAAUGCAGUGUCAGACCUGUGGCAAUCUGCGUAGUCCCAGCCUCCAGGCUAAUAGCCGAGGGAGUCAAGUUUUAAAAUCUCCAUUUAUUUUCUCAAAUAUAACCUGUGGGUGAUUUCUUACCAUAAUUUCUUGGUAAACUUUCGAGAGGUUUGAGUUUUUAGUUUCCCAAAUAAACAAGAUAAUGGGAAUAUUAGCAUGAAGAACAGACUUUGUUUGUUGAGUGUUUGAUUGCUUAUUUUAUGAAUGGGACCAGAAACAGUCCAAAAACAGAAUUGAUAUAUCUGCUGAUAUUGAUCUCUACUUCCUUUAAAUUAGGUCAUAAUUUUUAUAUUUGUAUGGAUCACAGUUCCAUCAACCCUAUUUUGUUUAUAAUUUAACAAAAAUAAUCCAAAAUUACACAUAAUUACUCAAGUGAAAAAGGACAAAAGAGGAAGCUGUCAGCUCAUGGCACUCAUGAGAUGAAUUCAUAGUUUUUAACUUAUUGUCUAAUUUCAGAUUCUUCUUUUUCCCCUCCUACAACUCUUUUCACCAUCGACACAAAAAAAUACUUUGGCAUUAUUAAGCUGGUGUUUUGGCCUGCAGAAAUCAAAUGAGAAAUGUGAUUUGAUGUCAGUAAAUAGUGGGCUACAUAAUUCAUGAAAUCACCAUAAUUUUUUACCAAAUGCAUAAAGACAUUAACUGAAGUGAAAACAACCAUUGUGGACAACAGUGAGAAAUACGACUGUAGAAACAAACAAUUACUGACAUCUGUAGGACAGUUCUGUAAUAUACUGCUGUUAUAAAGUGCUGAAUUUAUGUUCAUGUUUAUAUAGUAUUACAAGGUCAAA